AUGAUCAAACAUCGAGACGUGAAGCGGCUGCUUCUACAUGUGGGCCUAGAAUCUUCUGUCUUGAACGUCCACUUACAUUAUUUUCGACAGGGUGAAGUCAGACAAUAUACAAUGGAUUUGAUGUCCCGAGAGUCGACCACGGAUGCUAUACCGUUGGUGUCAACCGAUGAUGCAGCAAAGUUUGCACGCACGAAGCGUGGCGGUCCCACCAUUGACAAUUUCAGACUAGAAUUGACUGGAAGACCUCGCUCUCCGUGGAACAAGAAGGCUGGCGAAGUCUUCGCUCGAAAUUUUGCGCAGAACGAUGUCAGCUGCAAAGACAUGCGAACCAUUCGCGAUGUUUUCGCUACUCAUUUAUUGACGCUUCGCAAACAGCACAUGAAGCUGUCGCGCGACCCCGACGAAGAGCCGAGUCAACGAGAACUUGACAUUGCUUCUGCAAACAGCAGCGAACAGCGCCGACGUCGAGUAAAGCGGCGCUACGAGGCAAGCGAGAGUCGCACUAGUCUCCGUCAUCUCGCGAUGCUAUGGAACAGAAUACCUUUUACCGCCUGCAGUGGCGAUGAGUCAGAGCACUCUGAGUCAGGUCCAACUCGAUAUGUGGUUACAAGAUUGCCAUGGCGGUCAGAAGAGUUGGAGGAGCUCUUCAAACAUCUUGAUUCCGUACAUAUGUCGACCAGGUGGAUGACGCAGGGUAAGUGGGACCAUGGCAAAUUACCUGGUCCCCGCGAACGAGGAUCAGACCGUGUGGACAGGGCAAGUGCGCCUCCUCCUGGUCUCCCGGUCAACUGUUAUGAUGCGGAAUGGCUGGAAGAUUUGCAGGAGAUGGACACCGACGCUUAUCAAGAUCUCGACGUACAACCAGCAGUCGAUUUAACGCUCCCGAGAGAUGUUGUAAGGUACGUCUCCGUGUCGUUCAAGGCUAGCAAUCGGUACUGA